AUGAGUCAGUACAGCCUCACACCUCUUGUUGACCGUCAGGACCUCAGUGUCGAAUGUAUCAAUUUGUUAAACCAGGAAUGGCCUCGAAGUUAUACUGCACGAGAACAUUCACAAGCGAAAUCAUCCCGCUCAACUCCACCGAUGUCAUUCCUUCUUAUACAAAAUGACACUGACAAACUGAUUGGACAUGCACGGCUAUGUCUUAUUCCAAAUAGACCUAAUUCGUGCUGGAUAGAAUCUGUGAUUGUGACGAAGGAUUGUCGAGGCGUUGGACUGGGGAAACUCCUUAUGGCGUCGUUGGAAGAUGCUGCGAAAAGUUUCGGAUUCAAAGAGGUCUACCUUUGUACGAAGAAUGAGGUAAUUUUCUACGAAAGAUGUGGAUACGAGAAGUGUGAUCCGAUUUUGCACUCGACAACGGCGACGUCUGCCUUUCCUGCAAUAGUGGCCAUUCAGGAAUCCAAAUCGAACGAAGAAGGAUUAGGAACCAGUGCCAUACCAUUGCAGAAUGGUGUUGUUCAGAGGAAAACACCAGAUUCAGAGAUGUCACCACUUUUACCUGUUCCACCACCUCCUCCACUUGAUCUCAAAAAGUCUCUUUCUAAGCCUUUGUCAACCUCAGACCAUCAGUGUAUGUGGAAAAAGCUGGACUAA